UGAAAGAUUUUUUUAUGUCUGGAUGAUAUGCGCUGUUACUUACAAGGUAUAUACAUAUGAAAGUCUUUCGGAUGUCAUUGAAAUAUUCUUGUGUGUCACUUAUGUAUUUUCCAUCCCUGAUCUACAUAAUCAAUGGUGCCUAAAUAAAGUAGUCCAGAGAGAGCAGUAGCUACUGCUUUAGAAAACUGUCUUGGAGAGUUUUUAUAUUCGAAUUGAAUUUUGUCCACUCAUAUACGGGGUAAUAAACGCUAAUUUAUAUCGGUGUGUUUUACCAAGUAGAAUGUUCAUAAAGCCCUGCUGCAUAUCUAUUAUGUUAAAAUAUUUCGACCCUUUUAGACAAUCAAAUAUUGUUUGUAUAUUCGUGAUUAGGAAAUUCUGAUGUGGUACUUGUUUGUUUAUUUGUCUGCUGCGUACGGACCCCCCUAUUCCGCCCCUACACAUAGUUUUAAUACGCAAUAUGUAAUAUACUAUAUAUUCGCACACACAUAAGAUAGUCAGGAUGAUGUCAGCGACAGCGUUACGACGUGACCCUGGGAGAGGAAUAGAUAUCCGAUAUAGUAAUAGUCACGGCAUAGGCCAGAUGCGACAGAACGGGCCACCGACAAGAGCUAGUAAAAUAUAAGAUACUGUGGGAAAUACUCGGGCGUAGUAGAUUUUGUGAAUCGGACUUGGCACUGUGGCAGGACUACACGAAUAACGAAACACUGAGUUGAUCAGAGAACUAACCAGUAAUAGGCACAUCUGCAACCCAGAUGUGUCACAGACUCGCACAUGCACUAUAUGAGAACUACCUAAUUAUGGAAGGCGACCACACGGACCGCGAGAAACGGCGACACGAGUCGCUAGGGACAAGUAGAGUAGAGGUUCGCACUAUAUAGGGAGACCCGAAACGGCCCAUGCUCAGACGUGAUUCCACAAGGUGCGGACGAGCACCUCCGCGCCAGACCUCUUGUUGAAUUCACACUUUUUGACUUAAAUUAUUUCGAUCAACGACGUUUUUUCGGGACUUGGAAAAUAUUCGAGCAAUCGUAGAUAUCUUGUGUAAUGGUUAAUACACGACAGACAUACAAUAUAAUUUCACUCAGUUUGCGUUUAAGUAUUUCAAUCACCCAUCAUUCUAUCCUGUCACCGACACUUGUAAGUGGGUGUACGCUACAUUUUGGCGCAGUUGGAAAUGGAACCGACACCAGCAGAAAGUCCAAAGUCGAAGAACUUCAUAGUUUUAUCUGGUAUUUUGGAAGAAAUUGUUAGUUGUCGAAGUCGAGAUGCAAUUACCCAAGAGUAUCUUAUGGAAUGUAUAAUUCAGAUUUCCAUGGACCAUGGAGGUAAUUCAUUAGAACCACCGUUGGAAGACUGAUCACCUAUCAACGACUCUGUUGGAGAACUUACGUUGCAACUGCUAACGCAAGACGACAGAUAACAGAUGACGACAGCGAGGGCAGCAGCAGCCAGCGUU